GACGGCGCCUGUGCAGAGGUGGACUCGGACACGGAGGCCGUGGCAGGAAGAGGCUUUAAGCUCGGCUGYAUCUCCUGUAAGAGGAGGAGCGAGGUGAAAGGUUCUGCCACUGUGGAGUGGUACUUCAGACCCAAAGGAGAGUCCGACUUCUUCCACAUCUACUCGUUCGAUGAACGGGGCGGAACCGUGGAACACGACCUCUUCAUGGAACGGAUCGACUGGAACGGGACCAAACGGAGCAACGACAUCCAGGACGCCUCCAUCUACCUGCUGAACGUCACCUUCAACGACUCGGGCACCUACCGCUGCUUCUUCAACCGCAUCCUGGACUACGACAACGACUACGAGUACAACGACAUCAUCGACAAGGUGGUCCACCUGACCGUGGUGGCUAAAGCCACCAGAGGCACGGCGUCCAUCGUGUCGGAGGUCAUGAUGUACGUGUCCAUCAUCGGCCUGCAGCUCUGGCUCCUCAUCGAGAUGAUCUACUGCUACAGGAAGAUCGCAGCAGCCGGGGAGGAGGCGCUGCGGGAGGCAGCGAACGCUGAAUAUUUAGCCAUCGCCUCGGAGAGUAAAGAUAACUGUGCAGGUGUGCAGGUGGGAGAGUAGCACAGGCUUCUCCCACGGGGUGAACUCCUCCCUCAGCUCCGACCUGCAUGACGAAGCCCAACGCCUCCUCUUCAUCUCCAGCCUGUCCUCCUCCUCCUCCUCACACCAGCUGUCGUACAGAGCACAUGGAGCCAGCACUGUAUAUAGAGCAUGUCCUGCACCUCCAUCACGCCCCGCCCCCCUCGUUAUGCAUUAAUGAGCCAGCUGGAAACACGGCCACAUGUAGUCACAGGGUUGAGCCGUCGGCUGYGUGUUGGACUCUGAUUUUUACUGAUUCAUCAGCCAAUGAAUGAAUGAGACAACCGUACUGUAAGUUAAUGAAACUGUACUUCCUGUUAGCGUUCAGUGUUAAUUAAAGACGUGGAGAAAACAAA